CUGUUGAGUCUUCAAGCCCAGGAGGUUCAGCAACAUCUGAUGACCAUGAAUUUGACCCAUCAGCUGAUAUGCUGGUGCAUGACUUUGAUGAUGAACGGACAUUAGAAGAGGAGGAAAUGAUGGAAGGAGAAACAAACAUCAGAUCUGAAAUAGAGGAUCUUAACAGGGAAAGUGAUAUGCCAAUCCAGGAGCUGCUCAGCCGUUAUGGCUAUGAUGGGACCAUCCCACUGCAGGAGGAUGAGGAGGAGGAAGAUGAGGAGGAGGAAGAGGAAGAAGGAGAAGAUGAUGAUGAUGUUGAUAAUGAUGACAACAGUGGCUGUAGUGGAGAAAACAAGGAGGAGACCAUAAAAGAUUCCUCCGGUCAGGAGGAUGAGACACAAUCAUCUAAUGAUGACCCAACACCAUCUGUUGCUUCUCAAGAUCCUCAGGAGAUAAUUCGCCCUCGUCGGUGCAAAUAUUUUGAUACAAAUAGUGAAAUAGAGGAGGAAUCUGAAGAAGAUGAAGAUUAUAUUCCCUCAGAAGACUGGAAAAAGGAAAUCAUGGUGGGCUCAAUGUUUCAGGCUGAAAUUCCAGCUGGUACCUGCAAGUACAAGGAGAAUGAGAAAGUGUAUGAAAAUGAUGACCAGCUGCUCUGGAAUCCUGACUUCCUUCCAGAGAAUAAGGUGAUUGAGUUCCUCAACGAGGCCUCAAGACGUACUGGGGAGGAGAAAGGCCUGGAUGCAAUUCCUGAAGGAUCACAUAUUAAAGACAAUGAGCAGGCAUUAUAUGAACUGGUUAAGUGCAAUUUUGAUACUGAGGAAUCAUUACGAAGGCUGAGAUUCAAUGUCAAAGCAGCCAGAGAAGAAUUAUCUGUUUGGACAGAAGAAGAAUGUAGAAACUUUGAACAAGGGCUGAAAGUCUAUGGCAAAGAUUUUCAUGUGAUUCAGGCAAAUAAGGUGCGGACACGCUCUGUGGGGGAGUGCGUGGCAUUUUACUACAUGUGGAAGAAGUCAGAACGUUACGAUUUCUUUGCACAGCAAACUCGUUUUGGGAAGAAGAAGUACAACCUGCACCCUGGUGUCACAGAUUACAUGGAUCGGCUGUUGGAUGAAAGUGAAAGUGCUGCUUCCAGCAGAGCUCCGUCCCCUCCUCCCACCACCUCCAACAGCAGCACCAGCCAGUCAGAAAGGGAAGACAGCACAACCAGCAGCAGCAAUCAGAACGGUGUGUCUGCCAAUGGCCCAGGUGAGGCAGCAAGCAAGGAGGAAGCAAAACUCGAGGGAUUACAUGUAAAUGGACCUUCCAGUGGCAAGAAAACACCUCACGUGGAUCUGGAUACAAAUGGGUAUGAACCUGAAAACCUUUCCAUUGACCCCAAACUUGCUCACUCAGCUGCAAGGAAUGACAAUGACUUGGAAGAAAAGAGUGAAAGACCUCUGAAAAGAAGAAGAAUUAACAGCAAUGGGAAAGAAAGUCCUGGUGCUUCCGAGUUCUUCCAGGAAGCCAAUUCCCAUGGGAAGCUUGAGGAACUAGAAACCUUGGAUGACUGA